CCUCCCUUCGGGGGAUCGUGCCAGCUUUCGCCUGCAAAUCCUGUCCAAGCAUUGGCUACCAAGAUACACUUUGAAUGUGCAGGCUGGAGAGAUUCGGUGGGAGAAGACCCCCCCUUGGUGUACAUCCUCAUGGCUACCCGUUGCCGCCCUGGCCACUGUGAUGAAUUCUUGGUGUACAAAGGAAGCCACCCUGCCCACGCGGCCUUCCUGCCCCCCGGAUUCCGAGCGCAUGGCUCCCGCCUGUCCGUCUCGGUGCUUGUACAGGAUCAGCUGGGAGCAACAGUGGUGGCCAUAAAAAGGCCUAUGGUCAUCACCUUGCCCAGGACGCCAGAGGGAUUCCACAGUCUUCCCCAGUGGCUUCACAACAAGACGGAGGUGAUACUGCAAGGCCUAGUCAAACAGAGUGACCCCCAACCUGUUAUUGAGUAUUCACUGGCUCUCAUCACCAUCUUAAAUGAGCAUGAAUCCUCCGGGCAUCCAAAGCUGGGAGCCGAGCCUGAUGCCCCGCUCCAGAUCUGGAUCCGAAAAAAUGUUACCGAAACCCUGACUUCCUUGAAUGUCAACACGGUGGAUGACAUCCGACAGAUUGUGGCUGCACUGGCCCAGUGUAUGGUGGCCAGAAAGGAGUUUGUCUGUCGAUCUUGCCUGACAAAGACUUUGAGGAAGCUGGAAACGAUGAUGACAAUUCUUCAAGGAGAGACCCUGCAAGGAACCAUGACCCCCAAAGCCAUUGCUGACAACAUCCUCGAUAUUAUGGGAGAUUUGAUCCACCUCGUCAACGGCGUAUCCCAGGAGUCCGAGCGGCUGGAGCUGUCUAGCACUCCGAAUCGGGAGCAGGUGGCUUCCAAAGCCUACGCCUUGUCCACUGACUUGAUGCGCAUCCUAAUGAAGUCCCGAGUGCUCAACGAGGAGCCCCUGGAGCUGUCCGGGAGCAACAUCACGGCCAGAGGGAAACGAGCCGACCCCCAUGCCCUGCUCUGCUACGGGGACACCCCCAGCUGCCAGUUCUCUAUCCCCCAGGCCUUCCGAGCCACCUUCUCCGACCUGACGGACGUCGUCCAGGUCAUCUUCCAUGUCGACUACAACCCUUUCCCCUUUGGCUACAUCACCAACCACAGCGUCUCCUCCGAUGUGGCCUCCAUGGAGUUUCAGAGCAGCAACGGCACAGAAAUAGCAGUCAAUAGCCUGGAUGUGGACAAAGCCAUCACCGUGGCGGUUGUGGACUCUGGGCCGAAGAACAUCACCGUGGGCACAGUGGUGGUGGAAGAAAAGAAUUCAGUGCAUGUGGUGGUCUCGAUGGAGAACAGCAACACGGAAGCCGGGCUGUAUUUCCAGAUCACCUUCAGCCUUGUCACAGAUCGUUACGUCUCCCGGGAAAAGGAACCCUUUCUUGCCGUCUGUCUCUUCCACUCCCCUGAAUCCGGAGAGCGCAACUGCACAGCCUCCAAGGAGAUCUCUCUAGAGGAUAUGAAAGAGGGGCCACAGGGCGACCCACGGCGCUACACCAUCUUUGUUCCCCCAGGGAUUGCAGACACAGCGAGAGACCAUCACUUGAACAUUACUAACCAUUUCAUGUGGUCCCCCGUGGAGGUGACUCUGGGCCUGUACAGCUCCCUGUGCCAGUAUUUCAACGCGGAAGAAGCCCGCUGGAAGACAGAGGGCAUGGCUCCCUUGGAGGGGGCCACUCCGGAGAAGGCUGUGUGCUUAACCCAGCACCUGACUGCUUUCGGGGCGAGCCUCUUCGUCCCCUCACACUCUGUGCAGUUCAUAAAGCCACCUCCCGGCCCUGGGCUCAACUACAUCGUUCUGCUGACUUGCGCUGUCUGUCUGGUGACCUACUCCAUGGCAGCUGUGAUUGUCCACAAAUUGGAUCUGAUAGACAUCGGUCGUGUGGGGUCGAUCCCUUUCUGUGGGAAGAACGGGCUAUACAGAUACGAAAUCUUGGUGAAGACUGGCUGGGGAAAAGGGUCAGGGACGACAGCCCAUGUGGGGAUCACUUUGUAUGGGAUGGAUAGCAAAUCUGGGCACAGACACCUGGAUGAUGAGAAUGCCUUUCGCCGCAACAGUCUUGACAUCUUCCAGGUGGCCACAGAGCGCAACCUGGGCAGCGUGUGGAAGAUCCGGAUCUGGCAUGACAAUAAAGGGCUCAGCCCAGCUUGGUUCCUGCACCAUGUCAUUGUCAGGGACUUGCAGACCUACAAGAGCUACCACUUCUUGGUGAACGACUGGCUGUCUGUGGACAGCCUGGAGAACAACGGCCUGGUGGAGAAGGAGGUGUUCGCUGCCAGUGAGGCCGACCUGAGGAGCUUCUUCCGCAUCUUCGUGGGCGAGCUGCAGCGGGGUUUCUUCGAGAGGCACGUCUGGCUCUCGCUGUGGGACCGGCCCCCUCGCAGCCGCUUCACACGGGUCCAGAGAGCAUCGUGCUGCUGCGUCCUCAUCUUCCUCUUCCUCUGUGCCAAUGCUGUGUGGUACGGGGUUGUGGCAGAUGCCAACUUCAGUCCGAAGCCCAUCUCCACCCUGAUCCCAGUUAAUGGCGAAACAGUCUUGGUUGGCUUGGUCUCCAGUUUGGUGGUUUAUCCUGUGUACCUGGUUCUCCUGUUCCUCUUCCGGAUGGCACGGAGCAAGGUGACCAUCAGCCAGUCUCUGGCCCAUUCAGACCAGCAGUCUUUGGAGAUUGACAACUACCUGGACUCAUCGCUUCUGGAGAGCUCCUUCAUCACUUUCCCUGGACUUCGGACAGAGGCUUUUUCAGAGGAGACCAAAACCGAUUUGAUCCUGGACGAUUCAAAAAGCCUGAUCCGGUGGCAGUCCAACGAAGCCCUGCUCAACUGGCCAGACCUGCUCAGCGACCCGUCCAUCAUGGGCAACACCAUCCAGAAGCUGAAGAGAGGGCGGACCAGUCGUCAUCUCCGCCUCGAGGCUCCUUUGGCCCCUGAGGGGGACGGCCAGACUCCGGUCUUUCCCCAGGCUCAAGCCAAAUACUUCUCCGCUUCCGAUGAAGAUCUGAUACGGCAGAUUCUUGCAGACGGAGCUGGUGGCAUCCCCCAUCUUCAGGAAGUGGGAAAUUGCCCCAAGGUGGAAAAAGACCUCCUCUCUGGGCUGUCAAACAUGCCGGGAGACAAGAUGGAAGCGAUCGUCUUGCAGAGGCUGAACGAGAAAGGCCAGAGCGUGGCAGCCCCUGGCCGGGAACUGAAUCAUUCCGCCAAAUCAACCCGAACAGUUGUGGACCACAAUCUCCAGAAGUGCCUGCUGCCCUCUUGGUGCUCCUACUUGGCACACGCCAUCAGCCUCCUCCUCCUCCUCGUCUGCUUUGGCAUCUCCGUGUGGAUCGGAGUGGGGUUCAGCUCCAGUGUGGCCCUCAUGUGGCUGAUCUCAGGGAUUUUUAGCUUCCUCUCCUCCUUUUUGCUCUGGGAACCCCUUAAGAUUCUUCUGGAAGCCCUUUACUUCUCUCUGGUGGCCAAGCGCCUGCACCCCGAGGAGGACGACACUUUGGUGGAACACCCCUUUGUAGAGCACGUCUCGGAGAAGAUCGGGAAGGUCCGGCCUCCUCAGGGCUUUGCUCUUUUCCAGGCCAAGGAGGAAGCCAGGAAGGUCAAGCUUCUGCACAGCCUGCUCAAGAACUGCUUCGUCUACAUGUUCUUCCUGCUGGUCAUCCUUCUCACCAACUACAGUGGGCCUUCACGCAACAGCCAGGCAUUUCUUUUGCAAAAGUCCAUCAAGCAGCAACUUGGAACCAGGCAAUUCCUGGAUAUUAAGAGAUCCGAUGACUUCUGGCUUUGGGCCACGCAGGGACUGUUGCCCUUUCUGUAUCAGAAUCGCUCUGCCCAGGGAAGCUCAGGUAUCACUCUGGGGGUCCCAAGACUCCGGCAAAUCCGUGUGCAAGAAGGGUGCUUCAAUUCGCUGGAAGAGGUUCUCAGUGGGACAAAGAGAAGAUGCGCUUUCAGUCCCAACAGCUUUGACACCACCAGCUACGCGGCUGGCUGGAAGAGCCCCUCGGACACCCUGCGGCCGCUCUGGGCCUACUCUCCCCCUGACCUGGCUGGGGCCUGGUACUGGGGCUACCUUUCCAUCUAUGACAGCGGGGGUUACAUCCAGGAAUUGGGAACGACUCUCCAAGAAAGCAACGCUUGUCUGCAGGGCCUCCAGCAGAACAACUGGAUCAACAACAGGAGCCAGGCAGUCUUUCUGGAAAUGAGCCAGUACCACCCUGUACUGGACCUCCAUACUGCCAUCACGCUCCGGCUGGAGUUCCCGGUGACAAAACACUCUAUGCCAGCUGUGACCGUCACUCCCUUCCCGCUGCACCCCCUUGGCAGGAGGGUGACCCUGCAGCUGCUCAUGAUGGUCUUCCUUAUGAUCUUGGUGGUCUAUUUCGUGGUCUCCGAGUCUCUUGCCAUCAAGAAGGAAGGCAAGGCCUACUUUGCCCUCCUCAGCAGCUACGGCCAGUGGCUGCUCAUCCUGGCCACCACUUGCACGGUGGUCGUCCACCUCAGCCAGGCCGCUCUCGCUGAGCGGCAGUGGGCAAAGUAUCUGAAGAACAAGCGGGCCUUCACCAGCUUCUACCCGGUGGCAUCUCUCCACGUGGCCUUCAGUUGCCUGGCUGCUUCUCUGCUCUUCCUGCUGACAGUCAAGGCUUCCCAGCAGCUACGCUUCAUCCGACAGUGGUCCACCUUCGGCAAAGCUUUGCACAAAUCAGCCGGGGAGCUGCUGGGCACCGGUUUGGCCUUCGCGAUCCUGAUGUUGGCGUACACACACCUCGGAUACCUGGUAAUGGGGGAAACCCUGAAAUAGGGAGGGGUGGGCUGAGAGGACAUUGUCCCAGCAACAUGUCAGCAACUGGAGGGAGAGGAGAGCUGGGCCCCUUCCUCUAACCUGCCCUGUGGAAGCCCCUUCCCCUGGUUUGACCCCCAACCUAUGCCAACCAUUCCAGGGACUUUUUUUUACCAUCCUGAGCAAAAUGCCUCGUCUUCCGGCCAACUGGAGGGGAUCCAUGCAGUCUCUUUUCUAAACAUGGUUUCUUCAACUUAGUUUUACCAAAAGAGAGCUGGUUCUCCUCCUUGACUACCAUCAGCCCCGUUCUGCAGGAAGAGACGUUGACAUUGGUUGGGAUGCUUU